AUGAUCACUUCACUCUACAGUAAAGUAACACAGUCAGUGAGUCAGUAGGCUGUGGUACUGGUAGUACACAAACACAACAACUCCUUCAAGUCUAGUCAACACCAACAACACUCAACAUCGUAGGUAGGAAGCAUAGAAGAAAAUGGACCAAUUUGGAGAUGAAGAUUUGCGUUCAAUCUUAUUCGGAACUAUUCCAAAACAUGAAGAUUUGAUUUAUCUCCUAGGAACGAUUAACUUCUCUGACAAUAAUGCAGCAAGUAUAUCAAACAAAGCAUACCAAUGUCAGAUUUUCAAGUGCAGAUGUUUAAUUUUCACCGUACCUGAUGUGAUUUCUUCUCCCAUGCUCGGAGCUGUUGAAAACAUACAUAUCAUAAUAAGUAAAAGCUAUUAUAAAUCUGGCAAGCUGGUUCCUCAUCUAGAAAGAAUGAACAUAGAGGUGACUGAGCCAUUGCCGCUCACCAAUGCAGUCUAUGAAGCCUGUCUGAGAUACACAAUCCUCGCUCGGUUGGCUCCGUCUUGGAACCAGGUGGAGAAGUAUCUUGUACGAGGACGAGACUUUCUCCUCUCCGCCUCCCCUAGCGAUGCUGUCAAACUGGAUAUAGUCAUUAAUGAAGUAGACAUGCACAUUGUGUUGUGGCCGCUACGUGUGAGACUUCCCUUGCUUGCUCCCCAAGACCUCCAAGCUACCUCAUCCCAUCCUUUCUCCUGGGAUCUGUCCGCAAACAAUAAAACUGUCCAUGUGUUGCCUAGUUUGAACAAAGCCAACGUUGAGAUGGUGUCAAGUUCAAUACCGCAAAAUUCCUUAUUCAAGUCAUAUAAGGACCUUAAGAGACACUGGAAAAAUUCUUAUGGCUACAGACUGCCUGAUAGUGAGGAAGGAGUGGUUUACGUCACAGUCAAGUUUGGGCGUUGGUUUUCUGAGAGUUUGACAUACCCAAUAAUGUGUGUCAGGGCGAGACGGCCAGUCUUUCUUCGCCAACGAGAGCCAGAGCGAGUCCUGCUUCAGAUACUUGCAGACCUUCACUCCAAAGUGCCAACCAUCUGUGGCUAUCCAUUUGCAAUAGAUGCUAAAGUCCGCUACGCAAUGCCCAAACUUAAUGUCCUUUCUGAGAUACUUUACCCAAGCAACUUGACCGAGGUCAAGCCUGAGCGAAAGAAGGAGUACAUAGAGGAAGACAACCCGGAAGCUAACCAGAAUGUAAGCAUGUGUGGCCAGCCAGUUACCCAUUACAGCCAGCCAGUCAGCCAAUAUAGCCAGCCAGUUAGCCAAUACAGCCAACUAAUCAGCCAAACCCUUAUGAGCAGACCAAGAAGUCAAGCGGAGAACAAAGUACCGAUAAGAAGUCAAAGUCCUCCUCCUUUUCUCCCCCGCCUCUCCCAACUUCUACCACCUGCUCCAGUUAAGCCUGUGUUUGUGCCUAAGUUCACCUCUCGCACAAAACCAACCACCUCCACCUCCACCUCAACUCAUACGUCGUCUGCUUCUCCUCCUCAUGCACCAACUAUGUUUUGUGGCACUCCAAUGAAACCAGUCUUUGGCUUGGCUCGGUCAUCCACAAAACUACACUCUGACGCACCAUUGUUAUUCGAAUUACUGAAGAAAAAGAAUACUUCUGCUCAACCUUCCUUUGGUUCUCCAAAAACAAACCCUAUGUCCAGACCAAAAAAAGUGAAAACGCUAUUGAAUUUCCCUGAUAAUACCAACAAGAAAUCAAGGAGCAGGCCACAACUACAACUAGACGUAGACGUGAAAGAACUUGCACAGAAAAAGGGAGGUUUGGACAAAGUGAACACUACUACGCUGAUAGCUUAUCUGCGAGAGGUCGGGGUUCAUUGUAAGAUCAAGGACAAGAAAAGUGACUUGGUCAACAAGGUGUUGGCUCACCUACACCUGCUUCCUGAGACACCUGCAUCUGCGACCCACACCAGCAGUCAAGAGAUGUAGUGUCAUGCUCACGUUACAGGAGUGAUAAUACAAUGUUUGGGAGCCAUAAUCUGUGAUAUUUGAGGUACUAAUCUUUGUAUUUAGAAUAUGUUACAACCUUUGUUUGGAGGCUUUAAUGGCUUGUGUUGAAGAUCACAACCAUAGUUGAAGAUUGCUGCUGGACAUUAAUGACUUUGAAACCUCAGUGACUAGGCUGAUCUUUUAGUUAGCUACUGAAUAUGUCUCUUCAAAGGUCAAUACGUCUGCAGCAAUCUUAAACUAACGCUAUGGUUAAUGUUGAACACUUCUUUAGAAUCUAAGAUUGAGUUACAAAGUUGGUAUACCAAUGUAUAAGAUUCGCCUGUGAUAACCAAGGUUGUGAUAGAGGAAAAGUUAACAUAUUUUUUUGUCUAAUUUUUGUCUUUAUGGUGUAAAUGAUUGUGUGUAGUUGUCAAACGAGUUUUGUUAAAGGUUAGAAGUUACACAAUGGAUUGAAGGGAAAAUCAAUUCAUAAUGUGUUACAUUAUAAUUAUAGAAUAUACGAGAAAGGUCUUUUGUAGAAGGAUUGGAGUAUAGAUUACUGUUUUAAAUAUAUAAUAUUUCGAUGGGUAAACAAAAUAAUUUAAAAUCUUCCUGAGUGUAGUUUUACUGAUGAUUAAUAAUAUAGUCAAUACUGACUAGUUUGUAUGUACUUUGAAAAUGUGUUAACUUUCUUUUGCUUUUCUUAGUAAUAUAAAAAUAUUGUCUUGGAACUAUCCCCCAACCUUGCUGUGUGUGGUUUUGAAAUAGUAAACCAAAUUGUCAAAAAUAAUUUAAUUGUUAUCUUUGUAAUACAUAC